AAAGGUUUUCUUCGCUCAAAAAGUCUACCAUUUGUUAAAUAGCAUGCAUUAAAAUUAUUAAAAAAAUAAAAGUUUAAAUUUGGCGCCAUUCGCGACCAAUCAGUACACCGUUUUACAUCAAAAAUAUAUUUUAAACUGGAAAAAUGAAGAAUUUUAAGCAUGGGAAAGUAGUAGGCCAUAGUCUGUCAAUAAAAAAGAAGAUUAAUUAGUGGUUGUACAAUCGAAAGUAAAAGUGUACAAUUUUGACACUGAAAGUUGUACAAUUCAAAAAUCCCUAGGAACAACACUGAGCCGGAUGCCAGCCUUCUAGGGUAGUGGACCAGUGGACGGUUUAAUUUAAUGGAUUUCGCGCCCAUGUAUUGUUUAUAAGUGAUUCGGUAACCUUUUAGUCAAAUAUCUUACAAUAUUAAAAAUCGGAUAAUUCUUUUAGUAGGUUUCUUCUUGAUAUACAGAAAAAUGUCCGCUGAAGACUCAGUAGAGGCUGUUGCUGUUGCUGAAACCUCCGUCACAAGAGAUGAGGUCGAGACUGCAGUGCUUGGCCAAAAUGAAUCAUCCUCAGACACUACUUCAAAGGGUGAAGACUUUGAAAUCAAAGUUGCUUCAGAUAGAGGAAGGCGAUUCGAUUAUCUACUUAAACAGACUGAAAUUUUUUCACAUUUUAUGAAUCAGUCUAAAACUCCUACAAAACCUAAAACUGGGCGGCCUAAAAAAGAAAAACCUGAAAAGCCUGUGGACACAGCUGAUUUGAGGCAUAGAAAAACAGAACAAGAAGAAGAUGAAGAACUUUUGGCGGAAACGAAUCACAAAACUAAACCUACGACACGAUUUGAUGCUUCUCCAUAUUAUAUAAAGAAUGGAGUAAUGAGAGAUUAUCAGGUUCGUGGUUUAAAUUGGAUGAUAUCUCUUUAUGAAAAUGGUAUUAAUGGAAUAUUGGCAGAUGAAAUGGGUCUUGGAAAAACUUUACAAACUAUUUCUUUACUUGGAUUUAUGAAACAUUAUAAAAGUACUGCCGGACCACAUAUAGUUAUUGUUCCAAAGUCCACUCUAUCCAAUUGGAUGGCUGAAUUCAAAAAAUGGUGUCCAACUUUACGAGCUGUUUGUCUAAUAGGAGAUCAGGAAGCCAGGAGUACUUUCAUUAGAGAUGUGUUGAUGCCGGGGGAAUGGGAUGUUUGUGUGACAUCUUAUGAAAUGUGCAUAAAAGAAAAAUCCGUCUUUAAAAAAUUCAAUUGGAGAUAUAUGGUAAUUGAUGAAGCUCACCGCAUAAAAAAUGAAAAAUCUAAACUUUCGGAAAUUCUUAGGGAAUUUAAAACCACCAAUAGACUGCUUCUAACUGGUACUCCAUUACAAAAUAAUUUACAUGAACUUUGGGCUUUGCUUAAUUUUCUGCUUCCCGAUGUAUUCAAUUCGUCUGAUGAUUUUGAUGCUUGGUUCAAUACCAACCAGUGUUUAGGCGAUAAUCAACUGGUAGAGAGACUGCAUGCUGUACUAAAACCGUUUUUGCUUAGAAGAUUGAAGUCUGAGGUAGAAAAAAAAUUAAAACCAAAAAAAGAAGUUAAAGUUUAUGUUGGAUUAAGCAAAAUGCAGAGAGAAUGGUAUACCAAAGUGUUGAUGAAAGACAUUGAUAUUGUUAACGGCGCGGGCAAGGUGGAGAAAAUGCGAUUACAAAAUAUCCUUAUGCAGUUAAGAAAAUGUACUAACCACCCUUACUUGUUUGAUGGUGCUGAACCUGGUCCUCCUUAUACAACUGACUCUCACCUUGUAUACAAUUGUGGAAAAAUUGUUUUGCUAGAUAAAUUGUUACCCAGGCUCAAAGAACAAGAUUCCCGAGUACUAAUUUUUUCACAAAUGACGCGAAUGCUGGAUAUUUUAGAAGAUUAUUGUCAUUGGAAGCAGUAUCAAUAUUGUCGUUUGGAUGGUCAAACCCCCCAUGAGGACAGACAGAGACAGAUAAAUGAAUUUAAUGAAGAUGGUAGCAGCAAAUUUAUUUUUAUGUUAUCUACAAGAGCUGGUGGUUUGGGUAUUAAUUUAGCAACAGCUGAUGUUGUAAUCAUUUAUGAUUCUGACUGGAAUCCACAAAUGGAUUUGCAAGCAAUGGACAGAGCUCAUAGAAUCGGUCAAACAAAACAAGUUAAAGUAUUCAGAUUUAUUACCGAAAAUACGGUAGAAGAGAAAAUUGUUGAAAGAGCUGAAGUUAAAUUGAGAUUAGACAAAUUAGUUAUUCAGCAGGGCCGCCUGGCAGACUCCAAAGGACAAACUUUAAAUAAAGAUGAAAUGUUAAAUAUGAUCCGACAUGGUGCUAAUCAUGUAUUUGCUUCAAGAGAUUCCGAAAUCACAGAUGAAGAUAUAGAUACAAUAUUGCAAAAGGGAGAAACGAAAACAGCUCAACUUGCUCAGAAAUUGGAAUCUCUGGGUGAAUCAUCGCUUCGCAAUUUUACUGUUGAUACUCCCACUGAAUCUGUUUACCAAUUUGAAGGGGAAGACUACCGUGAAAAACAGAAAACAAUCGGUGUAAGUAAUUGGAUUGAACCGCCAAAGCGAGAAAGAAAAGCAAACUAUGCAGUAGACGCUUAUUUCAGAGAAGCCUUAAGGGUUUCAGAACCAAAAGCUCCUAAGGCUCCAAGACCACCUAAGCAGCCUAUUGUGCAAGAUUUUCAGUUCUUUCCACCUAGGUUAUUUGAGCUGUUGGAUCAAGAAAUCUACUAUUACAGAAAAUCUUUGGGAUAUAAGGUACCUAAAAAUUUGGAAUUGGGGCCUGAUGCUUCAAAACAACAAAAAGAAGAACAAAGAAAAAUAGAUGAGUCUGAACCGUUAACUGAAGAUGAACAACAAGAAAAAGAAACCUUAUUGACUCAGGGAUUCACUAAUUGGAGUAAACGUGAUUUCAAUCAAUUUAUUAAAGCCAACGAAAAAUUUGGAAGGGAUGAUAUAGAAAAUAUCGCCAAAGAUGUUGAAGGGAAAAGCCCAGAAGAAGUAAUGGAAUAUUCUGCUGUUUUUUGGGAAAGAUGUCAUGAAUUGCAGGACAUUGAUAGAAUAAUGGCCCAAAUAGAAAGAGGAGAAGCUAAGAUUCAAAGGAGAGCAAGCAUAAAGAAAGCUUUAGAUGCAAAAAUGGCAAGGUACCGAGCUCCAUUCCAUCAAUUACGGAUAUCUUAUGGUACAAAUAAAGGAAAAAAUUAUAUGGAAGAUGAAGAUCGAUUUCUAGUAUGUAUGCUUCACAAACUUGGUUUUGACAGAGAAAAUGUAUAUGAAGAAUUAAGGGCAGCUGUUAGAGCUUCUCCACAAUUUAGAUUCGAUUGGUUUUUAAAAUCUAGAACUGCCAUGGAAUUGCAAAGACGAUGUAAUACAUUGAUUACACUCAUAGAACGAGAGAAUGCAGAGUUAGAAGAACGAGAAAAAAAUGAGAAGAAAAAGAAAAUGCCUAAAUCUUCUAAUGUUGUUGGUACUCCUACAGUUUUAGGUUCAAAAUCUUCACAGAAAAGAAAGCUUGACAGUACAGGUGGCAGUGUUGAGAAAAAGAAGAAGAAAAAAUGAAAUAUGUUUUUUUAUGUGCCGUCACUCUACAGUUGACAGUGACAGUUCAUAUUAUUUUUUGUAUUAAUUAGAAUUAGAGGAAAGUUUGUAAUUGUUUAUUUAUUUACCAUACAAUUUCUUUGUUAAUAAGGCUUUGUAGAAGGUGUUGAAUGUAAUUUUCAAUUACAACAUUUUUAAAUUAAAACAAGGAUUUAUUCAACUAAGCAUUUAUAGAAAUUGUCAAGUUACAAAGUGUUUUUAAAUUAAAACUGUGACUAUUAAAAAAUAUAUGUGAGGUAAACACUUUUUCAAGUUUUACAUAUAUUUACUUUUAAGAAUUUUUUUAGCAAC